UGGGAGGCGCUGCUGCGAGCGAAGGCCUCUGGCCGCGCAAAGGAUGACGGGAGCGGCCCACGCUGAGGGUUGAGAUGGGGGGGGAGAAAAUAGAAGCCCGUUCUCACGGCGCGCGGACACGCGUGUCCCCCCCCCAUGAGCGGGUUUUCUGAAGCGGGAGGCGUUAUGGUGCCGGGGGAGGCAGGAACUAACAUUGGAUGGACAAGACUGGAGCUGCAGGACCCUUUGCGGGCCACAGGCCAGGACCCCUCGACCCCCACCCUAACCUUUCAAGAUGCGGGUCACCUUCUGCCAGGGCAUCUUGGCCGCCGCCAUUGCCAUUAACCUGCUGAUCCUCUACUACAUCUCCAGGCUGCAGCAGCAGAUCCUACAGCGGCACAGGGACCACGGCCAGCCCAGCUACCCUCAGCACCUGGGACCUCUCCACCCUGGCAUCACCGUCCUCAUCCGAGACUUUGAAGAUUUUGAGAACUACGUCUCCAGCGUGGUGCAGUCUUUCCUGAAGCAGGACCCGGAGCUGCCUGUCCUGGUGGUGGCCGACAGCUUGCCUUACCCUCCCUUGCUUCUUCCCAAGGUGCCCAACGUCCAGCUGGUCGUCCUCAAACCUUCCCCGGCUCAUCCGGCCUACAUAUCCAGGCCGGAGAAUUACGUGAGGACUGAGUAUGUGGCCUUGGUACCCGACGGGGUGAGAGUGGAUUCUGCGUCGCAGCUGGAGGAGAUGCUGGAGGAACUCAAGAGCAGCCAAGGGAAAGUAGAGAUGGUGGCAGCUGCAGUCCACUCCCUGCUGCCCUUCCGGUGCCUUAACCUCAAGGUCAAUCUCAAGGAAUGGACCGCGGAGUACAGCGAGACGCCUCCUGCCUCCAAGCUCUGCACUGCCUUGAAGGGGAAAGCCGUGGUGCUCCUUCGCACCAGGAGCCUCUUCAACCUUUCCAUGCCUCUGGCCAAACCUCUGCUGACCUCCCUCUUCAUCCAGACGUCUCUGCGAGGAUGGGCCAUCCGUCUCCUGGACCACCCCUUCUCUCCCUUUCACCUGCCACUGCUCACCUCCUCCCACAACCAGUGGAAAGCUGAUAACCUGGCCAAGUCCAAUCAGCUCCAGCUCUUCCGGGAUUUUGGCAUCAAGCAGGUGAUUCUGGAAGAUGGCAAGCAGCAGUGGUUUGGAUGCGGCAAGGAGACGCCGCGGUGUUUUGGCACCAUCCACGACGACACGCCGGAAUACCUCUACCAGAACCGCUGGACUCCACCAUGCUGCCUCAAGGCCCUGAGGGAAACCACCAAAUACGUCAUCAACAUCUUGGAAAUCUCUGGGGUGCGGUACUGGCUGGAGGGGGGAACGCUCCUCGGGGCAGCCCGCCACCAGGACAUCAUCCCUUGGGAUUACGACGUGGACCUGGGAAUCUACCUGGAAGAUAUUCCCAAUUGCGAAUUGCUCCGGAGCGCCGAGUCGGGUUCCAUCGUGGACGAGAAGGGCUUUGUGUGGGAAAAGGCCAUCGAGGGAGACUUCUACCGGGUGCAGUACAGUGAGCACAACCAUUUGCACGUGGACCUGUGGCCCUUCUACCCCAAGAACGGCAUGAUGACCAAGGACACCUGGAUGGACCAUCGGCAAGACGUGGAAUUUCCCGAGCAUUUUUUAAAGCCCUUGGUGCCCAUCGAGUUUGCCGGCUUCGUGGCUUUGGUGCCCAACAAUUACCGCAGCUUCCUGGAGCUCAAAUUUGGGAAAGGGGUGAUUGAAAACCCAGAAUACCCAAACCCGGCCCUGAAGAGCAUGAAUGCGAGGAGAUAAGGGGACGCCCACCCCGGGCCCGGCUGCAAAGGGAGAGAUCGAGAGGUCUCCCCGAACUAAAAUCUUUCAUUUGAUAUGAGUUGGGGACCAGAGUCAUUGCCGCGUAUAAGGGGGGGGUGGCCCAUCUAUGGCGGGUUCCUCAGCGUCUCUUCAGAACUCAGGGAGGUGUUUGCAACACUGGAAGGAGUCAGAGCACUGGCCAGAGGGCCGUUUGUCCUGCUUUUUUUUUCUCCCCAAAACCAUCACUCGAUGCUUGCAAGCCACACAUUCCUAGACCGUGAUAGCCAAAAUCCGGCAUUCUUUAUCCUCGACAGCUGGUGUUCAUGGGGAGACUGCCUCUGCUCAACUGUGAUUGUUGCAUUUGAAAGAGAGAAAAAAAAAACGAACACCAGAGAGGACAGCUGUCUUUUAAAAUAGGGGUGGUGGGCUGGGGCAGAGGAAAAAGGGAGGCCGACGGCUGUUCGUUUUGGCAGGGGGCAUCUGGAAGAACAGGUGUAGGCGCUGACUUCCACAAAGUGGCCUAAAAGAUCAAAGGUGAUUGUUGGACUGGAAAAAGAUGAUAGACAGAUACACAAACACGCACACAUGCCCCGAUUCCGGAACGGGACAAGUCACCACAAUCAACUCAUCACAGCCAACUCGCUGUGGGAGAACUUGCAGCAGGACGAUGUAACAAUUCAGUUAUUUAAAUUAAUAAACAGUUAUUUUAAUUUUUGUCA